AUGGCCUUACGAAGUCAAGCCAUCUCGACGCUGACCGCGGGAUGCAAUCCAGACUUCUGUCGUCUUUGCUUCAAGGGACAAGAGGUGGAUUCCUUGAUGGCUGCCUGUCUUUGCACAGGGGACAGUGGCCAAGUUCACAGGGCGUGCAUCGAGCGGAGUCUCCUCCAGAGCGGCGAGAGCACGUGCGAGUCCUGUGGCUACCAGUUUAGGAUACGAAGAAGGGCGAAGCCGCUGCUGCUCUGGCUGGUCUCGGGACAGUGCCGGGAGGACGCGGUGCUGCUGCUGCUCAACUUGGUUGGAAUGGGAGGCGACGUGCUCGUCUUCAGCUUCGCCUGGCUCAAAACGCUCAGCUACCUGGAGCAAGAGGAGGGCGCUCCUCGUGCCGUUCACCUGCUCAUCAGCGUCCUGCUCUCGUUCCUUACCUGCUUCUGGACUUGGUUCCAAGGCUAUCGAUUGUGGUACUUCACGGAACCCAUUCGUCGCUGGCGCAAGGAGACAAGCAGGGUAACGGUGCUGCCAGCCAAUGUCCCUCAGCCAGUGGCCACACCCCGUGACGAAGAGGUCGAGGAAGGCGGUUCGUUCGGACAGCUCGCCUGUGAAAAUCAUGGCGACGAACUCUGCCUUACAGGCGUGCAACAUCAGCAGCCGCUCUCGUGACGCACCGACUCCGUCGCGACGCGUACGUCUUCGCAUAAAAUGCCAACGUUGUGUCCUCUCGACGCGAGUGUAUGACCAGAAGGACGAGUAAGAAAUAUCGUCGGUGUAUAGCUGCUUGCCCCCGCAGGAAUUGAACGGUUUGAUCUAAACAUUGGACAUAGUUAUGCAAUCACAAAAAAAGAAAAAAAAAGUCGGGAUUGUGAUGGGUGAUAGGUGAUAUUCAACGGACGCUAUAUGUAAGCGCUUUGUUCAGAGCGCACGCACAGA